AUGCCACCGACGAAUCUUUUCUUCUCGCGCAUUCAGUCUGCACCUGUUCCCGACGACGAGAACGAUCCCUUCCCACCACCGCCCCAUACUCCCAUCGAUGGCGGGAGCACACCCCAUAUCCCCAGCGCCCUCCAUUUCGGGCAUGUACGGACCCAGAGCAACCUCUCCUCCACUGCGUACACAGACAUCCCCGAACACACCGACAACGAAUCAGAGUCGAGCAUGACCUCCAUCUCAACCCCGCCCUCUGCGCUCGCCAACCCCAACUCCAACGCCAGCCCUGCGAAGCUCGAGCCCCCGAACACCCUCGACAGCGACGAGGAGAAUGAGAUCGAUGUUGCCCUCGGUCCCUCGGCAAGCACUUGUUUCCCGACUAAUGCGCUCAGACCCAGUUUGAGUGCCCCCUCGAUUGGCAUCCAGUCUGUUCAUUCCGCCUCGCCUGUGCGUUCCGCGUCGGGCCCUUCCUUUGGCCACGGCUUCACGUUUGGUGGUCGUCUGGCGAUGGGCAGCGUCAAGGGCAAAGGACGGGUGCUCGACAGCUUUGAUAUGCUCGAUGCCAGCCCCAGCAGCGUCAAACCCAAAGCAUCCAGUAUAUGGUCUACCGGGACGGGCAGCGGAGGGAGCACAGGCACACCCGAACGGAGUCCACGCAAACGAGAACACGGCGACCGGUUCAUCCCCCAACGAGAUGACUGGGACAACACACAUCUCUCCACAACCUACAAUCUCUCAUCCGACCCCCGACCUCCCACCCCGAGACGAACCCCCAUCGAGACUGAUGCUCACAAGGAGCAGCAGAAUCGCACGUUUAGCACGGCCUUGGCGAGCGAGAUGUUCCCUCAUGCGCCGUUUAUGCCUUCCAGCUCUCCGGGCUCGGUAUCUGGUAUUGGCAUCAAGCGGCGGAGGAGUCCUAGUCCGGCCCCUUCCACUCCUUCAAGGCAGCGUAUACUCGGGUUUUCCACCCCGGGGUCUACCCCGGGUAGCGUGGUUUCCGAUUUGGGACUGCUCGACGCAUCUCACCCCGCUUAUUCGCCGUAUGCAGUGCGAAGGCGAACCCACGCGAUGCUUACAGGCCCGCAAACGACCAUCCGCACCAUAUCCAAAACUCCAUACAAGGUUCUCGACGCCCCCGAGCUCAAAGACGACUUUUAUCUCAAUCUUGUCGAUUGGAAGAGCAGUAAAGUUGUCAAGCUUUGCGAUCUCGGAAAUGUGAAUCCGGUGACGAGCGUUAAUUGGGUUCAGAAAGGCUCAACAGUAGCCAUCGGCACCCAAAACGGAGAAAUCCUCAUCUACGACGCAACCACCCUUCAAAAACAACGCACCCUGACCGGGCACGCAUCGCGCGUGGGAGCACUCGCAUGGUCCAACUACACCCUCUCUUCCGGCUCGCGAGACCGCACCAUUCUCAAUUUCGACGUCCGGCUCCCGCCCGCUUCGGCGACGGUGAGCAAACUCGCCGGACACCGACAGGAAAUCUGUGGUCUGAAAUGGUCGUGUCCCUCGGACGAAUUCGUUCGUGAUCCCGUGAUGCUUGCGAGCGGAGGCAACGACAACAAACUAUUUGUCUGGGACAUGCGCCACCCGACUCCGCUUUGGAAGUUUCACGAGCAUAUAGCGGCUGUCAAGGCUAUCGCAUGGUCGCCGCACCAGAGUGGGCUGCUGGCUUCGGGUGGAGGCACGGCGGACAAGAAGAUUAGGUUUUGGAAUACGAGUGUAGGCGUUGGGAUCAGUGAGAUGGAUACCGGAUCGCAGGUGUGUAACCUCACAUGGUCCAAAACGUCCAACGAACUCGUGAGCACACACGGCUACUCGUCGACUCAGCCACAAAACCAAGUCUGCAUCUGGAAAUACCCGUCCCUGUCGCUCGUGGCGACCUUGUCCGGACACGUUCAUCGAGUACUCUACCUCGCAAUGAACCCGACAGGGGACACGAUCGUCACUGGCGCAGGGGACGAAACACUCCGAUUCUGGAACGCGUUCCCGAAACGAGGUGAAGUUGAGCGAAGGGCGAGAGAAGGAGAAGGAGCAUUGGACGAGGGCGGAAAGAUUCGAUAG